AUGAGUGCUCCAGCACCCGCGCCUGCUUAUAAAAUAGGAAUCGUGAAGCAGGUACUAUCAGGGGAUACGAUUGUGAUCAGGCGGCAACCGCAGGGCGGGCCGCCUCCAGAGAAAGUCAUCGCGUUGUCUGGCAUCACCGCGCCUAAGUUAGCACGCCAGAAAACACCGAAUAAUGAUACGGAGUCGAAGGACGAGCCCUUUGCCUGGGAGGCUCGUGAGUAUCUCAGGAAACUAGUUGGUCGUGAGGUCAUCUUUACUGCUGAUAAACCUCCCAACUCAGCCACCAGGGAAUAUGGGUGUGUGUGGACAGGCAAAGAUCCUAUCAAGGAUGAUAAUGUAAUAGAAGUCCUCCUUACUGAAGGCUUGGCUAAGGUUAGAGAUGGAGGUAGAAAUAUACCUCAAUUGAAAAGGCUUGUUGAGCUUGAAGAUGUGGCAAAGUCUCAAGGUAAAGGCAUCUGGGGUUCUGAUUUGCAGGACCAUGUUCGGGAAAUCAAGACUUGGACAGAUAGUCCUAAGGCGCUGGUAGCCAAGUUCAAUGGUAAACCGGUCAAAGCCAUCAUUGAAUAUGUACGUGAUGGGUCCACAGUAAGGCUCUGCCUACUGCCUGAUUUCUACCAGAUUACACUGAUGCUGUCGGGAAUUCGAUGCCCUGCAGUGAGGCAAGAUGGUGAAUCUGAGCCCUAUGCAGAAGAAGCGCGUUUCUUUUUAGAGUCUAAACUUCUUCAAAGAGAUGUAGAAGUUGUACUUGAAUCUGUAAACAACAACAACUACGUGGGUACCAUCUUACACCCACAGGGAAACAUUGCUGAAGCUCUCUUACGACAGGGCUUUGCCAGAUGUGUCGACUGGUCUCUUGCAGUGAUGAAAUCAGGCGCAUCGUCUUUGCGAAGUGCAGAGAAAGCUGCCAAGGAAGCUAGGAUCCGAAUUUGGACUAACUAUGUGAGCAAUGCUCCAAUUAUAGCAGCUAAGGACAAGGAAUUCACAGCAACAGUAAUGGAAGUUGUGAACGGAGACGCUCUUGUUGUGAAAAUGCCUAACAACACCCAGAAAAAAAUAUUCCUGGCCAGCAUCAGACCACCACGUGAAAAAAACAACCCUGAUGAGGAAGGCAAAAACUCUCCAAGACCAAAAGGUUUCAAACCCCUGUAUGAUAUACCAUGGAUGUAUGAAGCUCGUGAAUUUCUACGAAAGAAGGUGAUUGGCAAGAGAGUUAACGUGACUGUUGACUAUAUCCAGCCCGCUAAAGAUAAUUUCCCAGAGAAAAGUUGCUGCACUGUUGUUGCAGGAGGAGUGAAUUUGGCUGAGGCAUUAGUUUCAAAGGGGUAUGCUACCGUUGUUCGGUACAGAAAUGAUAAUGAUCAGCGCAGCUCCCACUAUGACAAACUCUUAGAAGCUGAGCUAAAGGCCCAGAAAGCUGGUAUUGGCGUUCACGCUAAAAAAGAUAUCCCUACUCAUCGUAUCCAGGAUACGAGUGGAGACUCUGCCAAAUCCAAAAAGUUUUUCCCAUUCCUUAAGAGAGCUCAGAAAACCGAGGCAACGGUAGAGUUUGUCGCCAGUGGAUCUCGAAUGAGGAUAUACAUUCCCAAAGAAUCUGUCCUAGUGACAUUCCUGCUCGCUGGCAUCAACUGCCCUAGGGGAUCACGCCCUGCCAUAGGAGGAGGUGGCAUGCAGAGCGCCGAGCCUUUUGGUGAAGAAGCUUUGCAGUUCACCAAGGAAAAAUGCCUGCAACGUGAUGUUGUUGUCACUAUUGAAGAAAUGGACAAGGCAGGCAAUUUCAUUGGUUGGUUAUGGAAUGAUAAUGAGAACUUAUCAGUGGCUUUAGUGGAGCAUGGACUGGCUACAAUGCACCACACCGCAGAAACAUCGGAAUUUGCUCGACAAAUUAAAACUGCUGAAGAAAACGCAAUGAAACGGCGUAUUGGAUUAUGGAGGGAUUAUGUAGAAGUUGAAAAAGAAACUGAAAAGGAAAGAAAUGCUCCAAUUCAAGAUCGUACUGUAAAGUAUGAGAAAGUUGUUGUUACUGAAGUAACAGAUGAAGGCAAUUUUUAUGCACAAAAUGUUGACUUGGGCAGUAAGCUCGAAAAUUUAAUGGACAGAAUUCAUCAGGAAUUCAAAAACAAUGCCCCCCUUCCUGGAUCAUAUGUCCCCAGAAGAGGCCAUAUUUGCGCUGCUCGUUACACUUCAGAUGAAAAUUGGUAUAGGGCCAAGGUUGAAAGAAUCACUGAAGAUAAAAUGGUUCAUAUUUACUACAUUGAUUACGGAAACCGUGAGAUUGUGCCCGCUGCGCGCCUGGCUCCACUACCUCCAGGCACUGAACUGGAACCAGCUUAUGCCAGUGAGUUCACACUGUGUUGCGUGAAGUUCCCAGCGGACCCUGAAGAUCGAUCUGAAGCAGUUGCAGUUUUCUCUUCGGAUACGCUGAACAGGAAACUGCUUCUUAACGUGGAGACUCGUGGUUCCCCACCUUGUGUCACUCUCGUCGAUCCUAACACCAACGUAGACAUCGGAAAGAAUUUGAUCAAAGAGGGAUUGGUGCUGAUGGAACCACUGCGCGACCACCGCCUGAUGGGACUGGUGGCUGAGUACCGCGCCGCGCAGGAGCACGCCAAGUGCUCGCGCCUCAACUUGUGGCGACACGGAGACAUCACUGACGAUGAUGCCGUUGAAUUUGGUGCGCGUCGCUAG